AUGGGCCGGGGCCCGGGGCUCUGUGGAGCCGGCGGCGGCCUGGGCUCUCCAGGAAGGGAGAGAGAAAUGCCUGUGCACUUCAGUCUCCUUUCCCCUCCCCUCCGCCCCUGUGGCCGGUUCAUUGUGUUCUCUCUCCCCAUCUUUUUCCAAUUACCUACAUCGUCACCCUUCUUCCGACCUCGGUUCCCUGUUUCUAACUCCAAUUUCUCACUUAAGCCUCAGUUACUCAGGCUCCUUUCUCCCUUGUCCGGCCGGAGACUUCACACACCAGCAACACUUAAUAGUCUCUUUCACGUAAGGUCUCCCAUCUUUCCCCUCUCCCGCAUCCCGUUUUGAAGUGAUGGCAGCCAGAAAGCCUUCCUAUUGCAUUUACCUGCAGCUUCCACCUGUCCCCAAAGCUCGGCACAGAUCAAGUCAGCCACACCCACGCUGAGAACGACCGCUAGGCGGGGAACACCUUGUGCCAAAGUGGUGUAUUUCUCUCUAGUCUUGUUCUUUAGUCUGGAUAUUUGUUACUCUCCAUCACUAUACUUUACAAAGGUAUGUUUUGGUUGCAUGAAAAGGAAGAGUUAGAAAUGAGCCAAAGACCAUUCGCAGGUAAGGAGAAAAUUUUAGAAACAGACAUUUAGAAUUAAAUGAAGAGAAACUGAGAAUGCUAAGAAGGUUAGAUUUUUCAAAGCAGUUUGAGAUCUUUUGUGAUCUGAUGAAGUGGAGAUUAUUUACCCUAUACAGAUUGACAUUUUGGGAGACAGUUUCAUGAUGCUUGACUCAGUCUUGGAGUAAUGUGAGCAGAAGUUCUCAAACUUGCGUAUCGUAUCAACUGGAAGCAGCGGUGUAUCUUAGUGUUCACUUAAAUCAGAACUUGUAGAAGAAAAAGAAUGGGAGUCUGGUUAAAUAAGAAUGACUAUGUCAGAGACUUGAAAAGGGUCCUUCUCUGUUUUCUAAUAAUGUAUAUGGCCAUUUUAGUGGGCACAGAUCAGGAUUUUUACGGUUUACUUGGAGUAUCCAAAACCGCAAGCAGUAGAGAAAUAAGACAAGCUUUCAAGAAAUUGGCAUUGAAGCUGCAUCCUGAUAAAAACCCGAAUAACCCAAACGCACAUAGUGAUUUUUUAAAAAUAAAUAGAGCAUAUGAAGUACUCAAAGAUGAAGAUCUGCGGAAAAAGUAUGACAAAUACGGAGAAAAGGGACUUGCAGAUAAUCAAGAAGGAGGCCAGUAUGAAAGCUGGAAUUAUUAUCGUUAUGAUUUUGGUAUUUAUGAUGACGAUCCUGAAAUCAUAACAUUGGAUAGAAGAGAAUUUGAUGCUGCUGUUAAUUCUGGAGAACUGUGGUUUGUGAACUUUUACUCCCCAGGAUGUUCACACUGCCAUGAUUUAGCUCCCACAUGGAGAGACUUUGCUAAAGAAGUGGAUGGAUUACUUCGAAUUGGUGCUGUUAACUGUGGUGAUGAUAGAAUGCUUUGCCGAAUGAAAGGAGUCAACAGUUAUCCCAGCCUCUUCAUUUUUAGGUCUGGAAUGGCUGCAGUGAAAUAUCAUGGUGACAGAUCAAAGGAAAGUUUAGUGAGUUUCGCCAUGCAGCAUGUCAGAAGCACCGUGACAGAAUUAUGGACAGGAAAUUUUGUUAACUCCAUACAAACUGCUUUUGCUGCUGGUGUUGGCUGGCUGAUCACUUUUUGUUCCAAAGGAGGAGACUGUUUGACUUCACAGACACGACUCAGGCUCAGUGGCAUGUUGGAUGGUCUCGUUAAUGUAGGAUGGAUGGACUGUGCCACCCAGGACAACCUUUGUAAAAGUUUGGAUAUUACAACAAGUACUACUGCCUAUUUUCCUCCUGGAGCCACUUUAAAUGACAAAGAGAAAAGCAGUGUUUUGUUCCUUAAUUCAUUGGAUGCUAAAGAAAUAUAUUUGGAAAUAAUGCAUAAUCUCCCAGAUUUUGAACUGCUUUCGGCAAACACACUAGAGGAUCGGUUGGCUCAUCAUCGGUGGCUCAUAUUUUUUAGUUUUGGAAAACAUGAAAAUUCAAAUGAUCCUGAGUUGAAGAAACUAAAAACUCUACUUAAAAAUGAACAUAUACAAGUUGGCAAGUUUGACUGUUCCUCUGCACCAGACAUCUGUAGUAAUCUGUAUGUGUUUCAGCCAUGUCUAGCAGUAUUUAAAGGACAAGGAACCAAAGAAUAUGAAAUUCAUCAUGGAAAGAAGAUUCUAUAUGAUAUACUUGCCUUUGCCAAAGAAAGUGUUAAUUCUCACGUUACCACACUUGGACCUCAAAAUUUUCCUGCCAAUGACAAGGAACCGUGGCUUGUUGAUUUUUUUGCCCCAUGGUGUCCACCAUGUCGAGCUUUAUUGCCAGAGUUACGAAAAGCAUCAAAGCAUCUUUACGGUCAGCUUAAGUUUGGUACGCUGGAUUGUACAGUUCACGAGGGACUCUGUAACAUGUAUAACAUUCAGGCUUAUCCAACAACAGUGGUUUUCAACCAGUCCAAUGUUCAUGAAUAUGAAGGACAUCACUCUGCUGAACAGAUCUUGGAAUUCAUAGAGGAUCUUAUGAAUCCUUCAGUGAUCUCUCUGACACCCACAACUUUCAAUGAACUAGUUAAACGGAGAAAACAUGACGAAGUGUGGAUGGUUGAUUUCUAUUCUCCGUGGUGCCAUCCAUGUCAAGUCCUCAUGCCAGAAUGGAAAAGAAUGGCCCGGACAUUAACUGGACUGAUCAAUGUGGGCAGUAUAGACUGCCAACAGUAUCAUUCUUUUUGUGCCCAAGAAAAUGUUCGGAGAUACCCUGAGAUAAGAUUUUUCCCCCCAAAAUCAAAUAACGCCUAUCAGUAUCAUAGUUACAAUGGUUGGAAUAGAGAUGCUUAUUCCCUGAGAAUUUGGGGCCUAGGAUUUUUACCUCAAGCAUCCAUAGAUCUAACACCUCAGACUUUCAAUGAAAAAGUUAUACAAGGGAAAAAUCAUUGGGUGGUUGAUUUCUAUGCUCCUUGGUGUGGACCUUGCCAAAAUUUUGCUCCAGAGUUUGAGCUCUUGGCUAGGAUGAUUAAAGGAAAAGUGAAAGCUGGAAAAGUAGACUGUCAGGCUUAUGCUCAAACCUGCCAGAAAGCUGGUAUCAGAGCCUAUCCAACUGUUAAAUUUUUUUCCUACGAAAGAGCAAAGAAAAAUAUUUGGGGAGAGCAAAUAGAUGCCAGAGAUGCAAAAGAGAUUGCUACCUUAAUAUAUGAAAAAUUGGAAAAUCUCCAAAAUCAUGGAAAAAGAGAUAAGGAUGAACUUUAAGGAUGUUGAAGAUGAAGAAAGAAAAGGAAUUCUAACCAAUGACAUCAGAAGGCAUCUUUUUAGGAUGUUACUACAUUCUUGGUGGGAAUAAAUGAACAUUAUCUUGGACUUGUAAUUGCACUGUCUGAAUUCUAUACAACACUGGUAUAAAUGAAGGGUCUGCAAGCUUUUUCUGUAAAAGGGCAGAUCGUAAAGAUUUUAGGCUUUGUAGACCAUAUACAGUUGUCACAUAUCUGUUUUUGUUUUGUUUACAACCUUUUAAAAAAUGCAAAAACCAUUCUUAGCUCAGGGCCAUACACAAACAGGCCACAAGCCACAUUCAGUUCCUGGCCCAUAGAUUAUGGACCCUUGGAAAUGAUGUUAAGACUGGCUGGUUCAACAUGAGCCUGCUCUGUUAUGUACAUACAUGUCUAAGUUUUACAAAACUGUAUUCCAUUCCUUAAAGUUUUGUGGCUGGCCUGAAAAGAAAUAACUUGGUUUUAGUCACCUGUUCUAAAAAUGGAUGAAAUGGAUUCUGUUUCAUUUAAAAAACACACGUUGUGGCAAACAUACCCUAUUUUCAUGCUGUAUUAUACUGAAGCAAUUCUUCACUUUCUUUCUUUUCUAAGCGUUGAAGAACUGAUUUAAAUUUUUCACAAUUGAGAAAAAUUUUUGUAACAAUGAAUAAACCCAAUAGAUUUCUACAGCAUCUAGAAAUACCUGAGGAAAACCGUAUUUGUAGCUAUUAACUGGCACUGUAGAGUAUCCCAAAUAUAUCAAGUAUUUAGAGUUCUCCAUUUUAAACGUGUUAUUUUCUGAAUUGCUUUCUUAGAAGUUUUACCCUGUGAUAGUAAUUGACUUUUGAAGUAUUGUUUUAAUAUUUAUGGUUUUGCCUUCUGGACUUUGAUACAGAUCCUUUAUUUACAUUUGCCUUCCCCCCAGCCAAUAGUUGUGGUUUUUCACUAGUCUGAUUUUUUUCAUUAUUCGAAUAGGAAAAGUAACUUUGCAGUUUUGUUUCACUAUAGCUCAUAAUGACACUGUGGUUAUUCCAUUUAUUAGUUUGCUUCUGGAUGCUGCUGUUUUCAGAUAAAUACUGGCAUAACUGAAUUUAUUUUUGUAAGAAAGAAAAGUAUAUAAAAUCUAAGGAUGGGACCUUUUCAUUUCACAGUUCAGACUAAAAGAAUCAAAUUUUCCUUGCAUCUUAACAAAACAUGUCAAUAAUGUGCAGUUGUUCAGUUACAAUUCAGAGUGUAUGGAAUGGUAAAAAUUCCAGUUGAUCAAGAGGUCAGCAAAUUAAAAAAAAAAAAAGGUUUUCCCAAAAACUUAUUAGGAUUCUGCUUUAUAAUAUUA